CAGUGAAGAAAAAGAAGAUAAAACGCGAGGUUAAGAUUCUGGAGAAUCUACGUGGUGGCACCAACAUCAUUAAUCUGAUUGACACUGUCAAGGAUCCAGUGUCAAAGACCCCUGCUCUGGUGUUUGAGUACAUCAAUAACACAGAUUUUAAGCAACUGUACCAGAUCCUGACAGACUUUGAUAUUCGGUUUUAUAUGUAUGAGCUGCUGAAGGCCCUGGAUUACUGUCACAGCAUGGGAAUCAUGCACAGGGAUGUCAAACCCCACAACGUCAUGAUAGACCACCAACAGAAAAAGCUGCGGCUCAUAGACUGGGGUCUGGCCGAAUUCUACCAUCCAGCUCAGGAAUACAAUGUCCGUGUGGCCUCCAGGUACUUCAAAGGACCAGAGCUCCUUGUGGACUACCAAAUGUAUGACUACAGCUUAGACAUGUGGAGUUUAGGCUGUAUGCUGGCAAGCAUGAUCUUCCGAAAGGAGCCCUUCUUCCACGGCCAGGACAAUUAUGACCAACUGGUUCGCAUCGCGAAGGUCCUGGGCACAGAUGAGCUCUAUGGGUAUCUCAAGAAGUACCACAUAGAACUGGACCCACACUUCAAUGACAUCCUGGGCCAGCAUUCCCGGAAGCGCUGGGAGAACUUCAUCCACAGUGAGAACAGACACCUGGUCAGUCCUGAAGUCCUCGACCUCCUGGACAAGCUCCUGCGAUAUGACCAUCAACAGAGGCUGACUGCCAAGGAGGCCAUGGAGCACCCCUAUUUCUAUCCAGUGGUGAAGGAGCAGUCCCAGCCCAGCUCAGAAAACGCUGUGCUCUCCAGUGGCAUGACAACAGCACGAUGAGGACUGGAAAACGACGGGUCCGAUGCUGUUGCUCCCAAUUUUCCAUAAGCAGAAUGAGAACCAAAUCAAACGUCCCAUCGGCGCGUGUAGAGCGACGGCGGGCGGACUGCGCGGCGCGGGCAGGGCUCGGAGCGGGCGGCGCGCCUGGGCCGGACGGCACUCGCCCCGCGGUGACCUCAGCCCUUCCCUCCGGGCCUUAAAGGUUCUCCUGCCUCUGGUUCCUUGUUGAGCUCUUCCUGACCCAGAAAGCAUGGAAAUGUGAAGGGUGUGCAAAGCAGUUGUUGGUUAGUUGUUCCUUCCUCUGUUCUGGCUGUUGCCCCCCCCAGCCCCUGAUGGACCACGGUUAGCCAGCUUGUGCCCGUCUCUGCCAGGACACAGGGGCUGCAGGGGGUGUAGUAUCAUGAUGGACAGUUCUAUACUAUAAUUAAAAGAAUUCUAUAUUGUUGAAUAAAAGUUUUGAAAGAAGCAUG